AUGAGCCAGGACCCUGAGGGCCUGACGAGGAAAUUGCAGAUCAGAAACAUCCCACCUCACCUGCAGUGGGAGGUGCUGGAUGGCCUGUUGGCCCAGUGUGGGACUGUUGAAAACUGUGAACAAGUCAACACAGACAGUGAGACCGCAGUGGUUAAUGUUACCUAUGCAUCCCGGGAACACGCCAGACAAGCCAUCCAGAAACUGAACGGGUACCAGUUUGAAAACAAUGCCCUGCGCGUCUCCUACAUCCCUGACGAGACGUCUGAGGUGGAGGGAGGACAGCGGGGGCCUGACAACGGCCGGCGUCCUGGCUAUGGGCCUCGUGGCGGGCUCCGGGGGGGGUCCCCCAGCUCUGGGAUGCCCCCUAAAGCUCCACAUGCCGACAUCCCUCUCAGAUUGCUCGUGCCCACGCAGUAUGUCGGAGCCAUCAUCGGCAAAGAAGGAGCCACCAUUCGCAACAUCACCAAGCAGACACAGAGCAAGUGGGUUUUAGAGCACUGGUCCCCUUUGGGGUGCUGUCCUGCAGGUUUUAUAGCUCCGGUCCCCUUUGGGGUGCUGUCCUGCAGGUUUCAGAGCUCCGGUCCCCUUUGGGGUUCUGUCCUGCAGGUUUUAGAGCUCCGGAUCGAUGUCCACCGGAAGGAGAACGCCGGGGCAGCGGAGAAGCCCAUCAGCGUCCACUCCACCCCGGAGGGCUGCUCGGCCGCCUGCCGCAUGAUCCUGGACAUCAUGCACCAGGAGGCCAAGGACACCAAGACGGCCGACGAGGUCCCUCUGAAGAUUCUGGCCCACAACAACUUUGUCGGGCGUCUUAUCGGGAAAGAGGGUCGCAACCUGAAGAAAGUGGAGCAGGACACAGACACCAAGAUCACCAUCUCCCCCCUGCAGGACCUGACGCUGUACAACCCGGAGAGGACCAUCACCGUCAAAGGCUCCAUCGAGGCCUGCUGCCUGGCCGAGGUGGAGGUCAUGAAGAAGGUCAGGGAGGCCUACGAGAACGACAUCGCAGCUAUGAAUAGUCGCUCUCUUGGACGUGCUAAUUCAUUUCUGCUCCCGGCUGGAGCCGGCUGUGAGGAGCUGAAGUCGCUGUGGAAGGUGAAGGCCUGCAGACACAGACACGAGCCCCUGCUGCCAUCCAGCAGCCUGUCCACCCAGGCCCCGGGUGGUCACCAAAGGAGGGAGCGCUACUCCCAUGAUGGCAUCCCUCCUUAA